UAAAAAAGAAUUCUAACCAAACAAUUUUAAAAUUCGAAUAUUUCUAACAGAUAUAAAUAAAUAUGUCUGUUAAAGGUAUUUAAAAUUUUGAAACCUUUCAAGUGUUAUAAACAGGUCAAAUAAUUAUAAUUGAAUUAGAAAAUAUUGAUUUUAAAAAAAAUAAAUAAAUUGCGAUGGCUCAACCACCAAGCAGAAGCAUAUUAAAAAUGAUAUUUACAAAUUUCAUAAACUCAAUACGACCAAGACAAAUUACGGGUAAUUUAAAAGGAACAGAUUAUAAUGGAACAAAAUAUUACGAAAUACCAGCGAAUCCAUCAAUUGGUAAACGUAAACCUCAACGAUGGUUUGAACCGAUCGAUAAAGAGAAUUUUCAACAAGAUAUACCUGGUGAAUGGGAAGGUUGGUUAAGGGGACGACGUCCUGAACCCCCGAGUGAAGAGGAAGUAUUACGAAAUUUACAAUUAAUUCAUACGAAAAAAGAAAAUGCUGCAAAACUUGAAGCGAAGUAUGCAACGGAAGUAGAUCAAACAUUAUUACCACCGGAAACAAGAGGGGCUGAAUCAUUUCCUAAAUAUGGUGAUGAAUAUGAAAUUAUGCCAGGGAAAUCUAAAGAUGACAUAUCAAAGAAAAUUAAAUGAUAAUAUAAUUAGUUAGGAAUCAAUUAAUAGAGAUAUUUAUUUACUCUUAGUGAUAGUGUCGAAGAUUAUUUGACUAAACUUAUGGCAGUAUCAUUUUUAAUGUCUUAAAUACUCUUUGAAUAGUCAAUUUAUU